UAGUUAUCGAUCCAAAAAUAAAAAAACAAGCGUUCUUGUUCAGAGAAUCCGAAUAUAUAUAUAUAUAUAUAUAUAUCAUACCAGAAACAGAAUCCAAAAUUAAUUGGUCAGUGAGCUAUAGCUAUGGGAAACAGCUUGGGAGGCAAAAAACGUGCAAAAGUUAUGCAAGUUAAUGGAGAGGCAUUCAAGUUGAAGACACCAGUGCAAGCCGGUGAGGUUGUCAGGGAUUUCCCAGGUCAUGUUUUGCUAAAAUCAUCGGAGGUGAAGCAUUUCGGGGUUCGGGCAAAGCCGUUGGAACCCCACGAACAGCUUGAGCCAAACAGGUUGUAUUUUCUCGUGGAGUUGCCAAAGGUUGAUGUGAAAAAAGAGAGUUUUCAGAGAAGGGUUCGAUCGGGAAUAAACAUGAGUGCUAAGGACAGGCUCGAGAGCCUAAUGCUCUCUCGGAGGUCGGUUUCGGACCUUUCGGUUAUGAAAUCAUCGGCAUCGACAGCAAGCAUUGUGCCCGAGGAGGAGGCGAAUGGGGCGGUGCGCGUGAGGAUGAGGCUUCCGAGGGCAGAAGUGGAGAAAUUGAUGCGGCAAAGUAGAGACGACGGGGAGGCAGCUCAGCAGAUUAUGGAUCUUUGCAUGGUGAACACCAACAACGUGAAGGGCAAUGAUCAAGGUUUGGGUUUGAACCCGCAAAUGCAUUGGAAGGAUGGAGGAAGAUUGCUUGGGUCGCAAGGAAUCAAGGGGCGUGAUCGGAUUCAGAAACGAGUGAGUUUCCGACCAGCUAAUGAAGGAGAGGUCUUAACCAGUAGAGAUGAGCAGCGCCUGUAGCCGGUAACUCUACUUCAGUCUGCGCAGUCCCAUCAACCGCACUUUUGAGGAAUUGAUUGAGGAUUAUCUUUAAGCAUGUGUAGUUAGUUAUUUAUACUGUAUAACUAUACAUAAAUUAUAGUCAAACUUUUUAUCUUCUUGUU